AUGCUCAUAAAAAUUGAAAAGGAGCAGUAUUUUCUUACAGGCUGCAAUUUGUUGCAAUUUCUAAAGCUAUUCCUAUUCAUUCAAACUAAGCAAACCUCGGGUGACUUUUGUGCCAGAAACACUUUUUCCAGCUUUUAUGUGAAGGAAUUCUCAACAACAUCAGCAAUAUUGUGGCACGGUGCUGUCAGUUGCAGUAAUAUCUGA